UCCGAGCUGGCAGUCAUGAAUUGUUUUGUAUGCAGUGUGAAUGGCUGUUUAUCUGAAUUUGAAAUUUCUUUCAUUCGUUGGCAAUUUAUUGUGACACCUCCUCACCUUACCACGCCCUCACCUCCUCCAUUGAUGAUUUAUUUAUAUUCUAAUUUUCUAUGAAGUUAUGAAUAAAAUAACUAAGUUUUUAUUGAAUUAAUUUUAGAUUAGUAUCUACACCAGAAUCGUGGAAUUAUUGUGAUUUUAAGUGUUAAUCUUGCUGGUGAUUACUAUUUUAUUGUAUAUUUUGCUGCAUUGCGGUUUUUUUUUGUAUUUAUUUUUUUAAACUUAUAUUUAUUACAUAAACACAACUUAAUCUUAUUCGUGGACUGAACCUUUAUGAUGGAUACUUAAGAAUUAUAGGUGUUAAUAAAUUUUAAAGAGAGGCUUGAAUCUUCCUCUAGAUCUGUAUGAAAUGGCUCGGUAUCUUGGACAAAAUGAUAGUUCUGAUGACGAUUUCAGUGAUAAUCUACAGCUGGCGGAACGACUUCGUAUAAAUCGAGAUAAAAGCAAUUUUAGAAAAAAGAAUUUUCUGGACGAUCAGUCUAGUUCAUCUUCUAGUCUUGAAAUGCAAAGUGAUACUCUCAAGGAUAACUCUGCUCGGACUUACAGUGCUUAUAACAAGAAAAGGCAAAAUGGAGAUAAAAGUGUUGAAUUCUUCGCUAACCCCAAGCGUACUUGUUUAAGCAACAGAUAUUUAAAAUCUCCUGAUAAUCAAAAUAAAAAGAAAUCUCGGACAGAACGUUACCAUAAUCCUGAUUUUCCUUGUACAUCUGAUAGUACUAGUGAACAUAUAUUUGCUGAUAAAACAUAUGAAGAUCAUCUUCAUAAUUUAGCAGAGGAGGAAAAUCCUGUGUUUAACUCAAAGCAAGUUUCAAAAAGAAAAUUCCUCAGUUGUUUAAAUGAGCGUCCUAAUGAAGAUCCUGCCUCUGCUCAAUCAAAAUUGCCUCCAUAUCCUAAACAACAUAAUGAACUAAGUAAACAAACCAAAAAUAAAUAUUCUACUCCAAAUUCCCCUAAGCAUUUCCUUUGGAGGGAGCCUCAAAAUAACCUAGGUGAGCAUUCUAGAUCAACGGUAAAUGGCACAAAAGCUGUUUCAUUUGUUGCUCCUCAACGUCCAGAUUUAAGUCAAGAUUCACAAUCUGUUUCUGACGGGAGCAUUGUCCAUUAUGUAGACAGUGCUAGUGAUGAGGAUUCAAGAUCAAUAUUUAAGAAUGGGUCUUUGAAAGGUGGUAGACAGUCACCAGAAUUAUCACAAAGUACUAAAAAAGUAAUUGGCCGUAAAUUUAAAAAGGUUCUUGAUAGUGAUCUUGACAGUGACGAUGAUGACGAAGAUUGGCCAACUAAUAAGUCUCGGCCUCAUCUAAUAUUUUCAUCUUCUGAUAGCGAAGCAGAAAGUGAUAAAAAAAGUGUUUCCAAACCAUUAGCUGUGCCAGAAAGCAGUGACCCUUAUUUAUUUCCUGUUAGUGAUGCCUCUAGGAAUGGUUUUGAAAGCGGCAUAACAAGAAAUCAUCAGCCCCUUUGUUAUUCUAGAGAUAAUUCUGUUGCUGGUCCUUCAUCAUCUCCAAUUUCUUAUUCAAAAAGUCCUAGGUCAUUUAGAAAUCGUAAACAAAUUAGAACUAAUGCUGUUUCUGAAAUUGCUUCAAAUAAUUUCCAUUCCAACAAUGUGGGUCGAAGAGGGAGAAGCCGUGUUAAUGUGGGAGAAAGAUACACGAGGAGAUCUGGUUCUCCUCAUCCUAGGACAUUGCCAAAUUCUCAUUCUCGACUGAUUCGUUCGGAAGUUUCUAAAGUGGCUAAAGGGCGCUCUUUGACAGGAUCACAAGCCAGGAGAGCAAAUUUAAACCUUGCUACAACAAAUCCUGAUAUAUUUGAUGCAGAAGAUAGUAGUGAAGUAGAAUUCUUUACAGCAAAUUCCUACUCUGAUACUGAAACUAGUGCUGAAUCAUUUGGGGGAUUAACUAUAAGUUCCACCAUAAGAAGUCCUGAAAGUAAUGGGAUUAUUUGUGAGCAUUCUAUAAAUAUUGGAAGUAGUGAGGAUGAAAUUAGUGUUGUUUUCAGCUCUCGUCCAUCAAAUGGAGAAAUUGAGAGGCAAGUUAUUAGAAGUGCCGAGCCUAGAAGAGCGUUAGGGAGGAGACGGCAAAGAGGAUCUUGGAGACAUCGCCAUGAUCCUGUUCAAGAAGUAGUUUCUCUCUCUCCUGACCCUGUAGAACAAGUUCGACAAGUAGAAGAUGAUGAAAGAUUUGCUAGAAUAUUACAAGCUCAAUUUGAUGCUGAAGUUGAUCCUGAUUAUUCACCUUCACCUCAACCAUGUUCCCCAACCAGACCUAUGGCAUAUUCUCCUUAUGAUGUUGUUAGUCCUGUAAAUUUAUCCUUGAGACAUUCAGAUAGUGAUUUAAGAGAUGAUGAUGAUGCAAGUUGGAUGAGAGUUCAAGAUCCUUUUCCUACAGUACCUCCUUUUCAUCCAGAUUGGAGGAGUCUUCGUUUAAACCGUGUUCCGCAUCGGCAUACUCCACCAAACUUCAUAGGGAACAUAUUUUAUAAUAAUCGAAGAUUAGAUAGAACUCGGAGGAGAAGACCUAAUUCGAUUAAUCAUUUAUUAGAAGUGGGAGUAUUCAAUAGUCUUGAUGAUAUUCUUUACUCUGAUGAUAGUUUUGAGACAUUUUUAGGAAUUGCUGAUUUAAACGGUGAUGUUCCUCGUGGUUUGCAAAAAAGUGAGAUUAAUAGACUUCCUACUCGCCAAUAUAUUGCUGCCAAUAACAAUGCAGGCUCAUCAAAUGAGUUACCUCACAAAAGAGCUGGUUUAAAUAAAGAAUGCCAAGUUUGCCUUAGCGAUUAUGAAAAUGGGGACACUCUUCGAAUUCUUCCAUGUUUCCACGAAUUUCAUACUCCGUGCAUUGAUCCAUGGCUAAAGAUCAAUCAUACAUGUCCUGUGUGUAGAGUUGUUGUGGAUUUAGAAGGUUGAAUUCCCUUUUUAUUUUUUGAAAGAUUCCAUAUUAUUAAGCAUUCCCCUAAUAUUGCUGUGUGUCAUGGAAUAAUUUCAAUUUUAUUUUAAAAUAGGGAAUUUAAAUUUACUGAAAUUCAAAUUAUUAUUUUUUACAGUAAUAUAAAUUUUCAUAAUACAAUAUAAAAGUUAUGAAAAUUUAGUGUAUUUAAUUUCAUUGAAGUGAAAUGUUUUGUUCAUAUCAAGUAUGUACAAAUUGUUUGCUUGAUGUAACUUUAAGGUUGCUUUGUUUAUAGAAAUAUUUAAUAAAAUUAAAGUAUUAUAAAUUUAUUAUUUUUAGUCCUUGUAAUUUUAUCAAUUCUUUAGUGUAAAUAAAUCAUUGCUUGUACAUAUUUAUUAAAAUAUUCAAGAAGGAACGAUCUGACAUAAAAUUAGUGAUGACUUACUCAUAAACAGUGAUGAUUCUUCAUGGUGCAUUUUAGCAUGGCUAUUAAGUCAGUUUUUUUGCAAAAAUGUGAAAUUGGUAGUUUUAGUAAACUUGUGUAACUGAUAAAAUUGACAUUGCUUCAGUUAUUUAUGCAGCAUUAAAAAGAAAUUCUAUUUCUCAUGAUUUUUUGUGAAAUGAUUUUUCUAAUAAACUAUUCUAUACAAAAUUUAAAAAAAAAAUCAUCUAAAUUAUUGCAAAAAUAACCUGUCAUUGUGGGAUUUUUCAGCUUUUCUAAAUUCUAAUUGUUGUUUUGAAAUACUGUCAAAAUGGUAACUCUGGUAUUUAAUAUGUAUGCACAUAAGUAAAAUUUUAUAUCUAUCUAGGGAGCCACUGUUUUUUUUUGACAGAAAUUUGCUUCUAAACCUAUUUAUUUUUUAAAGUUCACAAGUAUUAGGAAGUUGGGAUGACCUUUUUUCCCCCAAAAUCCAAAUUCAACUUUUUAUUUUUUUGCAUCAUAGUGUCAUUAUGUAGUUAAAUUUUUUAAUAGUUCUUGAAUUAAAAAAAAAAAUAUUCCAUCAAAUACCUUAAGAAAUAGGACAUUCAGAGAAAUCAAUUCAAAACUAUGCUGUUUUUGAAGACCAAUUGAGUUGAAGAAGAAAAAAAAUAAUAAUUAGGAAUGGUUAUUUUACUACAAAAAUAGAAAACAUAAAAACUUUUAUAAUUAAGCUUUGUAUUUAUAUAAAAAUAAGUUUGGGAUUAUACUAUAGUAUUCAUCAAUAUCAUAAAAAAUAGAAUAGUACUUUCAAUAAUGUCGGAUAGGAAAAAUAACUGCAUUUCAGAAAAAUAUUAUUUAAUUUAAUUCACAUGCUAUUCUAUUAUAUUUUGAAAGUAAGAAAAAAAUGCUUCUGUUGAACUUUAAUGCUCAAAAAGGGAACAUCAAUUAAAACUAAUUAAAAACAUUUUAGUAUGUUUCAAAAUCUUUUAAUAACAACUCUUAUUGAAUUUCAAGUUAUUUAAAUAAUCCUUUCUUUAUUUGUCCUUUAAACGUUUAAGCAGAAUUCAUUAGCUGUUCUUAUGGCAGUUUAUAAAAACGAUUAAAAAAUAUUAUUUCCCAUUUACACUAGUAGCCAUUAAGAAUAACUGCACUUUAUUUUUCAAGUUAAAAAUAAUAAGAUUGAAAUGUUUGAAAUUGUCAAUUUGAAAUGUGACAACAUUUGUGUGCAAAGAAUAAAUAUCAAUACAAGCAUCAUUUUGAUUUUUUGCAAUUUUGUCUGUUUGUAAAUCAAGGCAAAUGAUUUUCACAAUCUAGAUCAUUCAGUAUAUAAAAUGUGCUACAGGGUUUCCGCUACGGUAGCUUUUUUUGCAAAAUGCGAAAAGACCCCUCAAAAAUGCUAAAAUUCAACAAAGCAUUUUCGCAUUUUUGCUAAAGGAUUUUACUAAAUUCCAUUUAAAAAAAAGCUUCCGCGAAAAACCAUGACGCUAACAUCCAUGAAAAAAACUUUAUCAAACAAGGAGAAAAAAUCUAAAUAUCUUUCGCAAGAAGAACCAUGACGCUAGCGUUCACGAAAAAAACGCGAUCAAACGAGAUGAAGCAUAGCGAUCAACAAAAAUGGCCGUUGCAUUUUCAAUUUGUUUUCGGAAUCUCCCAGAAAAGAUUUUCAGUUUACAGAAACUGAAUUACUUUGUGAAUGGGGAUUAUUUAAACACAUCUUAAUGCAACGAUGUAAAAACAUGUCAUUUAAUGAAUUACUUUUAUUUUUAUAUACCAAUGAUGUGUCUGAACAGUACCCAUUAAUAACUUCUGUUAUAGAGUAUUGUGCAACAAUACCAAUGCACACUGUUGACUGUGAAAGGGGCUUUAGCUGCCUUAAUUUGAUUAAAACUAAUAUUCGAAACAGGUUGUUAAUCAACCAUGUAAACAAUUUGUUAAUGAUUAAUAUUGAGGGCCCUGAAAGUGCAUUUAACUUUCAAGAAGCAUUUGUAAAAUG